AUAGCCUUAAGGAAUUUAUUGAAGCCAAUACCCAACAUUCAAUCAGAGAUCAAAUGCCCUGGAAGGCCUUGAAAUGGAUAAAAUGAGCCCCUCCAAACCCAAAUGAAAUGAAAAUGUUUUCAUCCAAAUGUUAAUGUGUGAUCAGCGAUAGCAGUGUUUAUAAACAAGUGUCGGCAAGAAAGUGAAAACAAAAAAGGGAAAAAAAAAAAAACUGCUCUCUCUUGCAUUUGGAUAAAUUGGAACCGAAAGAAAUUUUAUCACCUUGGCCAAGAAUUGCCAGCUGCAGGAAUAUCGAACAGGAACCAGAAUCACAAUUCACAAACAAGAUGCCCGCCACAGCCAUUAUAGAAUGGACCCCAACUGUCCUGGGCUCCUUACUUGGCGCAUGUUCAAAGCAACGAUCUCUUAAUAUGGGCCGUUCAAUCCAUGCCAACAUUCUCAAACGAGUUCCUCUGUUGGACUCCGACUUGUACGUGCGGAAUCACCUCGUCAAUCUUUACGCCAAAUGCAACAAGUUGGACUGGGCGCAUCGAUUGUUCGACGAAAUGUCGACAAGGAACACUGUUUCUUGGACAGCGCUCAUCUCUGCUUACGACCAAUUCGGCAAUGCUGAUGGUGCUCUUAAGCUUUUCUUGCUCAUGGUCUCCCAGGACCCGUUUUCUCCUCCCAACCAAUUCACAUACGCCAGCGCUAUCAGUGCUUGUGCCAAACAACAGCUCCAGUUCCAAGGAAUCCAGCUCCACUGCCAUGCACUUAAGAGAGGCUUUCUCGCGCAUAUCUUGGUUUCCAACGUUCUCAUCUCCCUCUACAUGGCCUGCAGGCGGGCUUUCGAAGCUGAGAUGGUUUUCAACGAGAUUAUCCAACCAGACCAGGUCUCCUGGAACUCUCUUGUCUCUGGGUUCUCACAAAAUGGCUUCUUGCAAACUGCACUCGAAAAGUUCUGUAUGAUGAGAGAGUCAGGAGUGAGAAUCAGUUGUUUUUCCCUUUCCGCUGCUAUUAGUUCCACUUUGGAUGAUGAAACAGAGGGGAAGAAAUUCCAUGGACUUGCAAUUAAAACAGGUUUAAAUUCAAAUUGUUUCACUGGGUGCACAAUGAUACGAAUGUACUCUAAGUUCAAGAACAUGGAAGAUGCGCUUGUGGUUUUUGCAGAGAUAGGUCUGAAAGAUGUCUCUUCUUGGAACUCUUUAAUUGAAGGGUAUGGUGGAAGUGGUCAAGGAGAAGGAGGACUGCAAGUCUUUGCUGCUUUCAUGGAAUCCGAACUACAACCAGAUGAGAUCACUAUGACUACAGUUUUGGGGAUCUGCACCAAUCUAGUCUUGCUCGACUAUGGCAAGCAGGUCCACUCGUUAGGUGUAAAAAUGUGCCUCGAUGGCAAAAUUCGUGUGGAGAAUUCCUUGAUCAACAUGUAUUCAGAAUGUGGCAAUUUAGAAGAUGGACUUAAAAUCUUUGAGCUUAUGAAAGAAAGAAGCCUUAUUUCAUGGACAACAAUGAUGGGAGGAUUGGCUCACCAUGGAAGAGCAAUGGAUGUUAUCCAUCUUUUUCAAGAGAUGAUAAGAGAAGGGUUGAAGCCUAAUAACAUAACGUAUACUUGUGUUUUAUCUGCAUGUAGUCAUGGAGGGCUUGUUGAUAUUGGGCAGAGCGUGUUUUAUGCGAUGGAGAUAGAGCCUGAGAGAGACCAUUUGGUCUGCAUGGUGCACCUCUUGGCUGGUGGAAGGAGGUUCAAAGAGGCCAAGGAAUUCAUUCAAGGAUCUCCAGCAGAGCAUAGAGACUCGUUAUGGUUGACCUUUCUAGUUGCUUGUAAGAAUUUGGGAGAAUUGGAGAGAGGAAUAGAGGUUGCAGAUAAAAUUAUGAAAACAGGUUAUCCCACCGAACCACUUGCUUUGGUACUUCUAUCAAAUGUGUUUGCAGCCGCAGGGAGGUGGGAAUAUGUGCAAAAACUGAGGAAAGAGAUGAAAGACAGAGGGAUGAGAAAGGAACCUGGGUGUAGCUGGCUUCAAGUUGGCGAUAACAAUGAGGUCUUAAUCUGAAGAUACAAGCAACAGCUGCUUGCAUCUAAAAACAUCCUAUGGAGAGAACCACGCUGCAGGGAAACAACUAAAUAUGGUUUCCACAGGCAUCUGCUCCACUAGUAUCUGCUCUGCACCGGAAGGUAUCAGUUGAUCAUCUGGUAAAGUAGUGGAUGUAGUUCCCACUUCCCACUUCCUACUGACCUGGGAUCAAAUCCUAACUUCACCCUCCCCAGUAGGGAUGAUUAUUUACAGCUCAGCCUGCAAUAUAUAAAGUAUAUACCUAAGUAUAUAUAUUUUAUUUUAUA